AUUCGCCCGCCUCCACCGCUUUCCUUCAUACUUUCACCGACACCACCUUCAUGUCUUCCUGUUCCCACCUUGAUCAGUUAUCACUCAUUCAGCCUCCGCGACUAUCCCAGUCUGUCCACCGAGAAGAGUGUACGCAAUGUUUUGACUCCCAGGACGAUACUCAAGGGAUUGAAGUUUGCUUAACAUGCUUUAAUGGCGGCUGUCUCGAUCCCGAGCGACGUCACGCUCUUCUGCAUGUCUCGAAGCAUGGCCACCCUUUUACUCUCAACGUGAAACGCAAGUUGAAACCAUCUGCGAAACGCAAUGAGGAUGAAGAGCCGCCGGCCAAAAUGACAAAGCUUUCCAUUGCUGAGGAACGCGAAGAAGACAAGUACGAUUAUCAGACGGUCGUAAAGUGCUGGCAUUGCGAUAGUAGUAAUGGUGCAGAGAUUCGUGAAGCAACGAAUAUCCUUCAGGUUCAAACAUUGGUGCAAGGCGUGAUGCAAGCUAUGUCAUCCGCCAGACAGUCCGAGGUCAAAGCCUGGGAAGAAGAGAUUCCACCCUGCGAACACACCCUUACCCUGGAACAAUUUACUACUGGUCCCAUACCCGCCUCCGGCCUCGCUCACUGCUCGGCUUGCGAUCUGAAGGAGAAUCUAUGGUUGUGUUUGACAUGUGGCUCACUUGGCUGUGGUCGUCAGCAAUCCGGUGGCGCGCGCGGUAAUGGACAUGGGUUGGCCCAUUACGAGGCUACCAAACACCCAGUCAGCGUCAAACUCGGAACAAUUACUCCGGAAGGCGGUGCCGACGUCUACUGCUACCAAUGCAAUGAUUCCAAGCUCGACCCUGAAGUAGCUUCUCAUCUAGCAAUGUUCGGAAUCAAUGUGCAGACGCAAACGAAGACCGAGAAGAGCAUGACGGAGCUCCAAAUCGAGCAUAACUUAAAAUAUGACUUUUCCCUUACUAGUGACGACGGAAAACCCCUUGAGCCAGUCUGCGGUCCUGGACUGACUGGUCUAUCUAACCUCGGAAAUAGUUGCUACAUGGCUUCAGUACUUCAAACCAUCUUCUCUCUUCCCGCAUUCCAACAGCGUCACGGCGCGCUUGCCCAGAACCAUGCUGCGGCAUGUACGGACCCUUUGCCUGCCGAUUGCAUUGAAUGUCAGAUGCACAAGGUAGCAGAUGGUCUACUGAGUGGACGAUACUCUCGUCCUGCACAUUAUGUGUCCUCUCCUGGGGCAGAUGCUACGGCGCCUGUAUUUCAAGCCGGUAUCAAACCAACUGGGUUCAAAGCGCUUAUCGGAAAAGGACAUGAAGAGUUUUCAACUAUGAGACAACAGGAUUCGGAAGAAUUCUUUACAUACCUGAUAACUGCCCUACGACGAGAUGGGCACAAACACAAAGAUCGUGCUGAGCCAGACGCGACGUCAGCGUUUGCCUAUGGUAUGGAGCAAAGACUGCAGUGCAACGACUGCAAAAAGGUCAGGUAUAGAGUGGAUAACAUGGAUGUCGUCAGCGUAUCCGUUCCAGCCGUAGAGAAGGGUAAGGACGCUGAUGGAAAGACGCUCUAUGAGGAGGUUCAGCUGUGGCAAUGCCUGGAAUCGCUACUCGGUGUCGAUGCCCUGGAAUACGCUUGUCCGUCCUGUCAAAAAUCUGUUCGUGCUCUCAGACAAAGCAAGUUUGCCUCUUUCCCCGACGUACUCGUUGUCCAUACCAAAAAAUUCCAGCUGGUGAACUGGGUUCCAGCAAAACUUGACAUACCUGUUCUACUACCUGUUGGAGACGAGCUCCAGUUCACAGACAACCAGCUGGGGCAUGGAUUGCAAGCUGACGAAAUCGCAUUACCAGGGAACGAAGCCUCAUCUUCAACAUUACCCCAGUUCAAUGAGGCUGCGAUGGCACAGCUGGAAGCGAUGGGAUUUCCGGUUGUUCGUUGCCAGAAGGCGUUGCUUGCUACUGGAAACAAUGACCCUGAAGCUGCUAUGGAAUGGUUGUUCGGCCACAUGGAGGAUCCAGAUAUCGAUGAUCCUAUCCAGCCUACCUCAUCUUCUGCUGCGACUUUUGAGCCAUCUCCCGAGCAGGUUAGCAUGCUCUCCGACAUGGGUUUCACCCCCGCUCAAGCGAGGAAAUCUCUUCGGGAAACUGGUGGCGACGCCGAACGAGCUGUAGAAUGGCUGUUUAACCAUCCCGACGACUCCGGCGAAGACAGUAGUACGCCGGCAACCACUCAACCCUCGGAACCUGUAAUUGGAGGGUCAAAGACGGUCCCAGCCAUCUACAAGCUGAAGGCCUUCAUCUCUCACAAGGGACCUUCCGUGCACUCCGGUCAUUACGUAGCACAUAUCAAGGUCGGAGACCAGUGGGUGCUGUUCAACGAUGAGAAGGUUGUCAAAGCCGAUGAUGAAAGCGUGAAAGAAUUGAAAAAGCUGGCGUAUCUGUAUAUCUUUGAGAAAGUCUGAUCCCAUUUCUGCGUUUGUGUACGUUGUGUACGAUAGAAUGAAAGCAAUUGCAAAAUUAUAAAUAACG